AUGAUUCCUUCCAUAUCUGAGGUCAAACUAUCGUACAGAUAUAAAACAAGUCAUCUUCCCACUCAGAAAGGGGAGACGCCGCUACAUCUGGCAUGUGCCAACUGUCACGCAGACGAGGUUCGGCACCUGCUGUCCUUCGUCAAGUCCCACCAUGGGCCCGAGAUGAGCUCUCAGUUCGUCAACUCAGUGAACGAGGACGGGGCGACAGCUCUGCACUACGCGGGCCAGAUCACGAAGACCGAGAUAGCGCUCCGAGACAACCCCACAGAGGACAAGGAGGUCGUGAGGCUUCUGUUGGAGGCUCAAGCUGACGUUAACAUACAAACGCACAAGAUGAUGGAGUCGGUGUUCCACUACAUCGCAGUGACGGGGAAUAACGAUACACUGCUGGAGAUGCUCGCCCAUAUGAACGCGACCGAAGCGCAGAAGGCGCUGAACCGCCAGAACGCGGUGGGCUGGACACCUCUGCUCAUCGCUUGCCACCAAGGGCACAUGGAGAUGGUCACAACCCUCCUGGCCAACCACGCCAGGGUGGAUGUCUUUGACAACGAGGGCAGAUCUGCUCUGCAUCUAGCUGCUGAUCAGGGAUACCUUCAGGUGUGUGAUGCCUUAUUGACGAACAAAGCGUUUAUUAACAGCAAGUCGAGGGUUGGUAAGACAGCGUUACAUUUGGCGGCUACCAAGGGAUUUGCUAAUCUUUGCAAGUUCCUUAUCCAAGAUCACAACGCUACCAUCGAUGUGCUGACCCUGAGGAAGCAGACGCCUCUGCACCUCGCGGCGGCAGCAGGUCAGCUGGAGGUUUGUCGUCUGCUGCUGGAGCUGGGGGCCAGCAUUGACGCCACGGAUGACCAAGGACAGAAGCCCAUUCAUGCGGCUGCGCAGAACAAUUUCCCGGAAGUCGCUCAACUCUUCCUGCAACAACACCCCAGUUUGGUGAUGGCUUGCACCAAGGACGGCAACACCUGUGCGCACAUAGCAGCGAUGCAAGGCUCGGUGAGGGUGAUCGAGGAGCUGAUGAAGUUUGACCGCACGGGAGUGAUCUCUGCCCGUAACAGGGUGACAGAGGCCACCCCACUCCAGCUGGCCGCGGAGGGUGGACAUGCAGACGUGGUCAAGGUCUUGGUUCGGGCAGGUGCCUCGUGCACUGAUGAGAACAAGGCUGGGUUCACAGCCGUCCACCUCGCAGCCCAAAACGGCCACGGGCAGGUGUUGGAGGUCAUGAAGUCUUCCCAGUCCCUUAGGGUGUCCAGCAAGAAGUUGGGAGUCACAGCUCUGCAUGUCGCUGCAUACUUUGGACAGGCUGACACAGUGCGGGAACUGCUGGCCAGUGUCCCCGCCACUGUCAAGUCUGACCCACCGACAGGAGCCAGCCUGGUGGGAGAGCUGGGUAACGAGUCCGGCAUGACGUCUCUGCACUUCGCCGCUUACUCGGGGAACGAGAACGUGGUGCGGUUACUGCUCAACUCCGUUGGAGUUCAGGUCGACGCUGCGACUUCAGAGAAUGGUUAUAACCCACUUCACCUGGCGUGUUUCGGUGGACACAUCACUGUAGUGGGCCUGCUGCUGAGUAGAUCAGCUGACCUGCUACACAGUCCUGACCGUCAUGGGAAGACUGGACUACACAUCGCUGCCACCCACGGUCACUAUCAGAUGGUUGAGGUGCUGCUCGGGCAAGGCGCAGAGAUCAAUGCCACUGACAAGAAUGGCUGGACUCCUCUGCAUUGCGCCGCGAGGGCUGGCUGUUUCGAUGUAGUGCGUCUUCUCGUGGAGUCUGGUGCCUCUCCCAAGUCUGAAACCAACUACGGAUCAGCGCCCAUCUGGUUUGCGGCCCAAGAAGGCCACAAUGAUGUCCUCGAGUAUCUCCUGACCAAAGAGCAUGACACGUAUAACCUUAUGGAAGAUCGGAGGUUUGUCUACAACCUGAUGGUCUGCAGCAAGAAAAACAAUGACAAGCCAAUGCAAGAGUUCAUUCUUGUUUCACCAGCUCCAGUCGAUACAGCCGCCAAGCUCUCUAGUAUUUACAUGAAUCUGUCUAACAAGGAGAAAGAGAGAGCGAAAGACUUGAUAUCGGCAGGUCAGUUCUGUGAAGGAAUGGCGACUGAACUGCUAGCACUGGCAGCAGGAGUAGACUCCGCGGGUAGGAUUCUGACGGCGACAGACCGACGGAAUAUGGAGUUCCUCGACGUACUCAUAGAGAAUGAGCAAAAAGAAGUGAUUGCUCACACUGUGGUACAACGAUACCUACAGGAACUGUGGCAAGGCAGCCUGGGUUGGGCAGCAUGGAAGACCAUGCUGUUAUUCAUCACCUUCAUCAUAUGUCCUCCGGUCUGGAUCUACUUCACGCUCUCUCUCGGCCACAAGUACAACAAGAUCCCCAUCAUCAAGUUCAUGUCGUACUUGACGUCCCACGUGCACCUCAUGAUCCUGCUGAUGUUGGUGGGCAUCACGCCGAUCUACCAGGUGGUACGACCCACCCUCAACCCGUACUGGUACGAGUGGACUCUCCUGGUUUGGCUCUCCGGACUGCUGCUGUCCGAACUGACAAACCCGAGUGAUAAGAGUGGCCUCGGUUGGAUUAAACUGACAGUGUUACUUUUCGGAAUAUUCGGAGUGGCUUUGCACUUACUGGGUUACCUAAUAGAAAGGCUAUACUGGCCCACGCUGAUGUACCUCAGGAACCAAUUGUUUGCCGUUUCGUUUCUACUCGCUUGUGUACAGAUUCUAGACUUCUUAUCGUUCCACUAUCUGUUCGGACCCUGGGCCAUCAUCAUCGGUAAUCUGAUGAAGGACCUGGCCCGGUUUCUGGCUGUGCUCGGGAUAUUUAUUUUCGGUUUCGCGAUGCACAUUGUCGCCCUCAACCAACCCUUCAAGAACCAAACGCCGGAAGAGAUUCGGGCGGGGCAACACAACCAUAAGUACGUCCCUCCCACUUAUGGGAUCUUCGCUGAGGUAAGGUUAAAUCCAAUGUCAGCACUGGAGUUCUUGUUCUUCGCGGUUUUUGGCCAGACAACCCCGGACAACCUCAAGGUCAAGGACACCUCACAGCCUGAGUGGACUCUGUACCUUUUCAAGUUUGUGUUCGGGAUCUACAUGUUGGUCUCGGUGGUAGUGCUCAUCAACCUGCUCAUCGCUAUGAUGAGCGAUACCUAUCAGAGGAUACAGGCCCAGUCAGACAUUGAGUGGAAGUAUGGUCUGGCAAAGCUGAUCAGAAACAUGCACAGAACCACUACCACACCUUCCCCCAUCAACCUCAUCACCACAUGGCUCAUGUACCUGCUCAGGAUAUGUAAACACAAGAUGAUGCAGAGGAAGAGGCCAAGUCUGGUACAGAUGAUGGGGCUGCAGUCACGAUCAAGGGUCAGUGCUCGCACCAAGAUGGGGGCAAAGUGGCUGGCAAAGGUCAAAAAGGGCCAAGUUGCUCCUAAAGAGUCGGUGGCACUGAGUGUGGUGCACCUGAGUCCUCUCGGCUCGCAACUGAGCUUCAGCAAUUCAGCAACUCGCAUUGAGAACAUCACAGACUGGGAGGUGAUCGCUAACAAGUACCGAGCUCUCAUCGGGGACCUGAACGAAUCCAACCAGACUUCGGGAGACAACGGGGACCAGGCCACGACGUCAGCCGACUCCACCUCUCCCCCACCACCCGCUCAGAGCUGAGCUAUGAACAAUCAAACUGUACCCUAGCAAUAAUGUUACUGUUUAGUGUGUUUUGUACUGUCUGUAGAAUUUUAUAAAACGCUGUUUUACAUGUGCCACUUUUAGAAACUGAAACUCUUCUUUUGUACUGAGCAAACACUACGAAGCAUUUAAAUUUUCUUAUCUGGUUGGAAUAUUGAAAUAAACAUUAAUCUUUUCAUGAUAUUCAAUUUUAGAAAUACUCGAACUUUAAUGUCGAAAAUUUGUAACAGAUUUAUUUUUGGACUACAAAACACAACAGUUAUAACGUACUAUAAAGUCUGUAGCAACAAUCACCAAAAUUUUAUUAUCUUUAAAACAAACGUAAAUCUAAAAUAUUACAAUAUAAAAUCAACAUAAUCUUCUAUAUUGUUUUAUCCAUCCAGGCAGUCUUGGAAAAGAUCUUGUCAACUUCUAACUGACAUAGUGAUAUAUUUAUAAUGUUACAAAAGAUUAACAUUUAAUUUUGAACACAAUUGGUUCAAGAUCGAUUUGUCAAUCUCGAACAACAGUCUUGUGGACAAAAUAAAAGCGUUGAACUUUACCUACUCUUUACUGUAGGAAACAUGUUUUUGUACUAACAUUUUUUACCAUUUUAAAUAAAACUUUGCAUUAUUUAGAUGGUUGAAAAAUAAAUAUUAUGCUUCCUAUUGAUAUGACAGUGACAUUAUUACUAUUUAGUUUUCCGGUUGUACUAGAGAAAUAAGACAACAAAGAUUUGAUCAUUCAAUUUAAAUACCAAAACUUACAAUCUUUUAAUGCUGUAUUAUUGUAACCUCUCAUAUUGUCUCUUUGACAAAAGAAAAAUAUGAAUUAUACAGUUUAGUAUAAAUUUCUUGAAAUUCUCUUUAUUGAAUAAUCAUUUCCUGCUAUGCUGUACAUGUUUAAGUAUAGAGAAUGUUUUGGUAUAUUAAUAACUUGUGAGAGAUUAUACCUACUUUUUGUACUCGAGAGUAAUGUUAAGGCAGUUUACUCAUACUUACUCAUUUAUUACUCGUGAUUAUCUUUCAAUGGAAAUCUUCUUAAACAAUCUGUGUAUAGUUUGAAUAACUUUUGCACAGAAUUUACUAAUCUAAAUAAUCUGUAAAUAAGAUUCCGUCCAAAUAUACAAGUACAGUACAAUCUGAAAUAAAAUUUAAUAAUAAAAAAUAAAGUAAAACAGGAACUCGCCUGUAUGCAAAUUGCUGCAUAUAGUUUUAAAAGUGUAUAAAUAAAAUAUCGGUAUAGUAUCAGUAAAAUAUAAAAUUAAAAGGGAUUUUGUAUAUAGUAGCAUUUUGGUAAUUCGAGUUUUGAUAGUUCGAACUUCCAUGUAAUUCGAGGUACUGUGUGGUAAAAGAAAAAAAUAUAGAGCAAUAAAUAACACUUGUAAACAGCGUCUUCAACAUGCAAACCCUGUGUAAGAAUCACGAGGAUGGCAAGCUGAUCAUUAGGACGCAUAGUUUGUUAUGUGACGAAGAAAUUGUGCACGAGAUUGUACCUGCAAUGAAUCAAAGAGAAGGCUAUGCAGCGCUAGAUGCAGCGUUACGCUACUUAAAACAAGCAGAAGCAACUGCAGCCGAU